AUGAUAUUAAUAAUAACACUUCUUAAUUCUCCCAUUCCCGUCCCCCUUUCAUUUGCAGAUCUCGAUGAAGGAGAAAUAGAUGAUUUGGCGAUUGAGGAAUUGAAGCGGGCGAUCGAAGAAGAGAGGGCGGCGCGCGCGGCGCUGAGCCGCGAGCUGGAGAAGGAGCGCAGCGCGGCCGCCAGCGCGGCGGACGAGGCGAUGGCGAUGAUGCUGCGCCUCCAGGAGGAGAAGGCGGCCGCGGAGAUCGAGGCCAGGCAGUACCGGCGGGUGGUCGAGGAGAAGUCCGCGUACGACGCGGAGGAGAUGCAGACGCUGAAGGAGAUCAUCGUGCGCCGGGAGAGGGAGAAGCUCGUCCUCGAGACGCAGCUCGAAGACUGUCAGCAGCAGAUGUUUCUGAUGAUCAAUAACAACAAUGACACCGGCGGCGGUGAUAUAAACUUGGAUCCGAUCGAUCAAGACCACGGUGCGACAGAUAAGGAGAAGGAGAAGGAGAAGGAGGUUGCUGCAAUUGACGGGCGCGUUUACGACGUGCAUGUCGUCGAUGAUGAUCAGAAUGCCGAACAUCUGAAACCAUGUCGUACAGGAUCCGGACCGUCUGAAGCGGCGACGGCCGAACAAUCAUAUGAUAUUUCGAGCUCCGUAUCGGUCGGCGAUGCGGAGAGAUUGGUGCUCGACAGAGAAGUCGCGCAAUUGAGGAGAAGGCUAGAGGCCAUACAACAGGGAAGAGAGAGGCUGCGCUUCCCGUUAGACCGAACGGAGAAGGAGACACUUCGCCUGCAGAUCUUGAAGGAAAUUUCGUACCAACUCGACGAAAUCAAGAAGUCGACAGAGUGAGUAUGGCUGGAGAAGCCAUACUCCACACUCGGAAGAUUAGCUCGAGAAGAUUACAGUUGUUGUUUCAACCAAAGCCAAAACCAGUCUCUCGCGCUCUAUCUCUCUAUUGUUAUGGUGAAAAACUUUGGCAGCAUUUUGCUAGUAGAGUUUUUGGAUAAUAGUAGGUAAUUGUUUUGUUCUAUGUAGUGUUCGAGUUGGCGCAGCAUCUGGUAAAGAUCUGAUGCUCUCUCUUGUGAUGAGCUCUGAUGUUCAUUGCUCCCUUGUGUUUUUCAUGGGAAAACUCUGUAUAUUUUGCUUUCCGAGAUUCAGAUUCUCACUGUGCAUAUGUAAAAACUAUUGCGGAACCAGUUCAUGUACAUCACAGAAUUUAAGAUCCAGUGCGAAGUGAUUGCAUAGAUAAUGCUCAGAGACUCGCACGCGAAUGCAGCUAAAGUUUUAUUAAAGUUUCGUCGAAAGGAUUAAGCUCCAGUUUAGAACCC